AUUCAGAAUGAUUUCAGAUUAGAAAUAGAACUUAUUAUUGAAUGGAGUUAAAAUGAAGAAGAGUUUUGUGGAAAGCUUUAAAAACUAUUGUAAUUGUGAAAAACAGCUUCAGAUUUUACUAUCUACUUAAUUUGUGGCAUUUGCUUUUGGCUUUAAUAUUUAAAUUGAAACUUUCUACAAUAUGGAAUUUUUUUCAUUCUACUUAUUUCUUUCCUUAAUUUUAUUUCAAAUUUGUGGAAUUUUUUGCAUUAAUCGUCCACCAAAUUUUGUGAUUUUCUUAACUGAUGACCAAGACAUUGCUUUGGGUGGUUUGAAACCUUUGGAAAAGACUGAUUCAAUAAUUAAAAAGCAUGGGACUGAGUUCAUAAAUAUGUUUGUGACUACUCCUCUGUGUUGUCCUAGUAGAGCUAGUAUUCUAACAGGUAAAUAUGCUCGCAAUCAUGAAGUUCGAAAUAAUUCAGUCAGUGGAAAUUGCAAUUCCAUAUAUUGGCAGAAUAACUAUGAAGACAAAACUUUCAUCACUCAUUUUAAGAAAAGGGGCUAUUCUACAUUUUAUGCUGGAAAAUAUUUGAAUCAGUAUGGCAAAAAUGAAGUUGGAGGAGUAGAGCACAUACCAUCAGGAUGGGACAAGUGGGUAGGUUUGGUUGGAAAUUCUCGUUAUUAUAAUUAUACUUUAUCAGUAAAUGGCAGAAAAGUUGAACAUGGUGUAGACCCUCAGAAAGAUUAUCUUACUAAUGUUAUAUUGGAACAUUCUCUGGAUUUCUUGAAUCUGAAAAAUGAAUCCACUUCAUUUUUUAUGUUCUUAUCUCCACCAGCUCCACAUGCACCUUUUACAUCUUUUCCACGAUAUAAAAACAAGUUUUCCAGCUUCUCAGCUCCUCGGACACCAAAUUUUGGUGUAAAUGGAGGUAUGAGAAAACAUUGGUUACUGCGACAGACACCCAAAAUUUUACCCCCAUCAGUAAUUGAAAGCAUUGAUGAUGUAUUUAGAAACAGGUGGAGAACAUUGCUAUCAGUUGAUGACAUGGUACACGAAAUAUACAAUAAUCUUAAAGGGAAGAAAUUAUUAGAAAAUACUUACAUAUUUUUCACCUCAGAUAAUGGCUUUCAUUUAGGACAAUUUUCCUUGCCUUGGGAUAAGAGACAACUUUAUGAAUUUGAUGUUAGAGUUCCUCUUUUAGUCAGAGGUCCAACAGUUGAAAAAGGCAUAGAGAUAAAACAUCCAGUGCUGAACAUUGAUCUAGCUCCUACAUUUCUGGAACUAGCAAAUAUUCCUAUUCCUGAAGAUUUAGAUGGGGAAUCAUUUGCUCCUUAUUUAAAAGAGUUGAAAAGAAAACCUAGUAAUAGAACCUCUUUUAUAAUUGAACAUCAAGGUGAAUCAACAAAUAAACCUGUUCCAGGAUGUCCGCAGUACAAGUCUGGGGAAGUUAAUACUUGCGAAAUCGAUUGCAUUUGUGAAGAUUCAUGGAACAACACUUAUAUCUGCGUCAGACAGUUGUCAAAGAAAGAAAAUUUAAUAUCCUGUAUUUUUAAGGAUGAAGAGAGCUUUGGAGAAGCAUAUAACAUCACUCAAGAUCCUUUCCAACUGCGGAACCUUUUUCCAUCUUUGAACUCUGUUUUUUCUAGUCAUCAUCUCAAGAAAUUGUUUCUGUAAAGAGCUUAAUUUUCUACUGACCAAAUUAAAUGUAAAUAACUUUUUUUAAUCUUGAUUUUUAAUUUCUGUGACUUAUAUAUUUGUGUGUUGAAAUAUGAUUUUUUUCUCUUUAUAUUUUUUUGUAAAACAUUUAUUAAUAAAAUGUACAAACCAUU